CAGCCAUGGUGAAUUUCGCCCAAGCUGUGCGUGAUCACUGGGUUCACAUCCUUGUUCCCUUAGGAUUUGUGAUUGGAUGCUAUUUGGACAGAAAGAAUGAUGAAAAACUAUCUGCCUUCAGAAACAAGAGCUUAUUAUAUAGAAGAGAGUUGAAGCCUGGUGAAGAAACUACAUGGAAAUAAAGGCUGCUGAUAAAAUGGAAAAUACUCUCAUUUAGUUCAUCUUAUCUCACAUGUUGAAACAAUAGGGUUAUGGUUUUUAUCUUGAGAAAAUAUGUGAAGGUGCAGAAAAGGACAGCAGCAAUUCAUCAGUGCUAGUUUAAUUUCCAGUCUUACUUUUUGGAAGAUGAUUUUAUUACAUGACUAAUACAUGUCCAGGAAUGCCUGUAGUCCCUAAGUGUUGAGGAACUUUUGUCUCCAGAAGUCAUAUUCUGGAGGCGGGAGGAAGAAUUAUGUAAUAAAGAAAAACUAUGCAAAAAUAAUUUAUGUUGUAUCUGUAUGUUGAUCUGUAUGGUGUGGAAUUGAUGUAUUUAAAGCUGAUGUAUGAACCAGCCUUCAAAGCAAUACUUAACAUAGACCCCAAACGUGGU